CUGAGAUUGAAAAUGGCGACUUUCAUGGUGAGAGCAGUUCAUCGAGCGCAUCUUCCUCGUCUUCUUCGUCCCGCAGCUAGGCUUGGCCACUUUCACUUUCAAAAUCAAAAUUUUACAAGUAGUUCAACACCAACAGUUGUAGAUAAACAGGAGAAAGCAGUCGAAAUCAUCGAUGAGGACGGAAAGGAAGUAAUCGACACAACGACUGGUGUACCGGACUGGCUUGUUAAAGAAAGAAAAGCUCGGAUCUUUGUUCCUGCACGAACAGCAACGCAGUCCGGUUCGUUUAACACAAAGAAUUGGCAAAUAGAGUUUGAUACAAUGGAGCGGUGGGAAAAUCCAUUGAUGGGAUGGGCCUCAAAUGCUGACCCCUUGUCUAACAUUUACCUCUCCUUCCCUUCAAAAGAGGCUGCUGUGAACUAUGCAGAGAAACAUGGUUGGAAUUAUGAAAUCGAUGACAAACAUGAAGUUAAAAUGAAGCCAAAAUCUUAUGGAGCAAACUUUUCUUGGAACAAGAAAACCAGAGUGUCUACUAAAUAAGAAAGCAAAUGAAUAUGCUUGUUUUGAUAAGGUGGAGGGAAGACAUUGUUAAGACAUGAAAUGAGUUUCAUAUAUUUCAAUAGACUGUUCUGUUGUGUAUGUUUUGGACCAUCCAAUGUAAAUAAACUUUUUGUUGAGAAGAUCA